UCGCCAUCUUUGAUCUCAGUUUUCGCAUGAUCUGUCAGAAGGGUGAAUGACAGGUGUCAAAUUAGCGCAAAAUUGGCUAACGUUCACGUUAAGAGCGUAGAAAGUUUCUCGCACUGAUUUCACGGUUUACCAAGUACUGUCAGGCUGUUAUUUCGAAAAUCAAAGUAGCCAAUUUCUGUAAGAACGUCCAACAAUGUCCAGCAUAGAGCUACUGGAGGAGAGAGUUGCAGAGUUGGAGAAUCAAGUUUUUAGUCAUGGGAAUAAGCCACAGAUCGAUGAUCCACCGACAGAAAAUUCGGUUGUCGACAGUCUUCUCCAUGCUCAUACUCUGAUUUCGUCGUCGUAUUCUGGGCGAGAAAAAGCAAACGCAGUUGUGAAACGAAUUGGGGAGUUGGAUUCUUAUUUGGAUCCUAAUUUCGAGAAUUCGGAUCUUCAAAUGGAAGCAAGAGCGGAACUUAUACUCACCUUAGAACCUGAACUGAGGGAAAAUGCUCGUCUGUUAACUAAAAUGGAAGAACUUCUACCGGUAUUGGAAUCAGAACGGUUUCGCAGCGUGCCUGAAGCAACACACAAGUUGAAUAACUUGACACUGUCAUACACAAAACUGCACGAUGAAUCGGAGGAACUUACAAGUGAAAUUUGUGAUGUUAUCGCUAAAUAUAAUUCUGUUAUAAACAAUAUUUCUAGAUCACUUAUCAUUUUAGAUGCUGCGGUAACAGCUGCUGAAAAUGCGGCGAUACCGGUCAAGCCAUUGGAUUAGAUUUAUUUCUUGUUUUACCUCAGAAAGUUUUUUAUGCAGCCCCAGUUUACGAAACUAAAAAUAACUUAAUUCACAUCGAUUUUCACUGAUUUAAACAAAAUUUAUUUGUGCACUAUCAUUUCUCAAUACUUACGACCCAUUUUACGAUUGUUGCGUUUAAUUUUAUUUAUUAACUAUCCGAAAUGAGUCACGAUUUUUUUUUUAAUUAUAAGACCUUCAACUAUGUCUUGGAUGAAAGAGUAGCGAUUAAUGAUCGGCCAGACUCUUAUUGCACUAGUAACUAAGCAGAAAUUGAAAGUGUAAGCUACUGUAAUAAAUAGUACACACUACCAACUCGUAAAUACAGAACAGAAGAUAUUAUUAACG